AUUGCGCAGAAUCUGGGGGCGUCGAACGAAGAGCCAUCUUGGUAGUUUCUGUGUCGUAGAGGAGGAUUUUAUCUGUGAUAAUCGGUGUAAUUUAAGGCCCUGUGCUAAUUCCCAUCAAACGUUUUAUGGUGUGAAAGCUUUCUUUAUUUUGUGGAACUGUGUAUUACUGCAGAAUUCCGCGUUACUCGUCAUUGUUCGCGAAUCGGAUAGCGGAGUCUGCGGCUCAGGAAUGGCAAAUAAAGAUGAUGAGUACGACUACCUUUUUAAAGUGGUCCUCAUAGGAGAUUCGGGAGUGGGCAAAAGUAACUUGCUGUCUCGGUUUACGCGGAAUGAGUUCAACUUGGAGAGCAAGAGUACCAUUGGAGUAGAGUUUGCCACACGUUCGAUUCAAGUAGAUGGCAAGACCAUCAAGGCCCAAAUAUGGGACACAGCUGGACAAGAAAGAUACAGGGCCAUAACAAGCGCAUACUACAGAGGAGCCGUUGGGGCACUACUUGUGUAUGACAUUGCGAAGCACUUGACCUAUGAAAACGUGGAACGCUGGUUGAAAGAACUGAAAGACCAUGCAGACCAGAAUAUAGUAAUUAUGCUGGUGGGAAAUAAGAAUGACCUGCGACACCUAAGGGCUGUGCCUACAGACGAGGCUAAGGCUUUUGCAGAGAAAAACAAACUGUCAUUCAUAGAGACAUCUGCACUAGACUCCACAAAUGUAGAAGCUGCCUUUCAACAAAUUUUAACAGACAUCUACCACAUCGUGUCACAAAAGCAGAUCCGGAGUGAAAACGACCACGACCCUUCCCCAUCUCGCGACAACAUCCCUAUCACCAUUGCUCCAACGGAUCCGACGGACACACGCAAGAAGUCGUGUGCCUGCCAACAGUAGUGGUAUCCAGUGGAGGGAAAAAUGCUGAACCCUUGUAAAGUACCCUUUAGCUGAGCACCAUGGCCUCUUUUCUUCCCUUCGCCCCCUCUUUCCCAGUCGCAUCCCUUCGCCCUGCAGCCUCCAGAAGGGAACACCCAUGGCCGUUGGACUUGCUUAGCAGUCACUGUGAAGCUCUCCUUUUUUUUACACCAAUCAACCGUGUUGCUUUACCCUCUUCUUUGCACGUUUAUGGCGAUUCCAGCUGCGAAAAAGUGGGCAAAGUACGUGAGGACACGAAAAAAAAUGGGGCUGGGUAAGAGUUUUGUUUCUGUAUUUGUGUAUGUAUUGCGAAUAAAGAGGCACUCGUGGAAGAAUAAUUGAUAGCUCAAUCCACUCUGGCAGUGGGACGAUGGAACGUGCGAGAGGUGAUGUCCUGCUUUUUUGCUCUUUUAUUUACAAGUGCUGCAACAUUUAGUAAAUGUGAUUGUUUAUUAAAAAGGGGAGGGAAAAUUGUGAUUGUUGCACAGAUGCUGUAGAUGAAGUGCUUUAUAUUUUGUUUAUUGAGCUUCCGACCGCUCGUCCUCUUCAUGUGCACAGCUGCAUUGUGCACAGGUGGUACGCCCUUGGUACUUGCGUCGAUUGUGGGAGCCAGUGGUUGAAGAAAGCAAUAGCUUCAUUGUGAAGACUGAAUUGGAUAGUUAACUAUGCGUACUACACUGGUGCACAAGAACUGUCUAUGCACAUGUCAGACGACAGUGCAAGGAGCUUUUUCUUUUGAGUUUGCAUAGGUGUAUAUUCAGCCAUGAGGCAGGUUUACUGCAUCACUGGAGAGAGACUUUGUACUUCUCUGAUUGUACAUGGAUGACUGUUGCUUGGAUGUUUCUUUGAUGCCAUAAGACACGUGUGGUUGGAAGUCCUAUGCAUCUGAGACAGUGCUGACUUGCUUGUCCAAAACCUGUCUGGCUCCCAAUAAUAUCAAGUAGCAGUUAGCACUUGUGUCGGACGCUAUAGAGGCUUUGUCAUCCUGUAUAUAUUAUCAAUAAAAAAAUUGCAGAUGGAA